UCCCUCAUCAAGUAGCAAAGCCCGAAAGGAAGAACAACAAGAUAUCCUGCACUGGCCACAGGUGUCUGGUCGGGACACGCUUCAGUCUCUGUUGUAUCCCCUUCCCCAAGGGGCUCUGGGACCUUUGGGAACCCUGUUUACUCAAGGGCCUGAGAGGACCUAACGAGCCCCUCAGAGUCACCCCUAAGGAGCUGAGCAUGACAAGGGAUGAGGCACUGCCGGACCCAGGUUCCGCACAGGGUUUCUAUGAGAACUAUGAACCCAAGGAGAUCCUGGGCAGGGGAGUCAGCAGUGUUGUCAGGCGCUGCAUCCACAAGCCCACAUGCCAAGAAUACGCGGUGAAGGUCAUUGACAUCACGGGGGGCGGCAGCUUCAGCUCCAAGGAGGUGCAGGAGCUGCGACAGGCCACGCUGAAUGAAGUGGACAUCCUGCGCAAGGUUUCAGGGCACCCCAACAUCAUACAGCUGAAGGACACUUACGAGACCAACACUUUCUUCUUCUUGGUAUUUGAUCUGAUGAAGAGAGGGGAGCUCUUUGAUUACCUCACUGAGAAGGUCACCCUGAGUGAGAAGGAAACCAGAAAAAUCAUGAGAGCCCUGCUGGAGGUGAUCUGUACCUUGCACAAACUCAACAUCGUGCAUCGCGAUCUGAAGCCUGAGAACAUCCUCUUAGACGAUGACAUGAACAUCAAGCUCACAGACUUUGGUUUCUCUUACCAGCUGGAGCCAGGACAGAAGCUGCGAGAGGUCUGUGGGACCCCCAGUUACCUGGCUCCUGAGAUCAUUGAGUGCUCCAUGAACGAUGACCACCCAGGCUAUGGGAAGGAGGUGGACAUGUGGAGCACAGGGGUCAUCAUGUACACCCUGCUGGCUGGCUCUCCCCCCUUCUGGCACCGGAAGCAGAUGCUCAUGCUGAGGAUGAUCAUGAGUGGCAACUACCAGUUUGGCUCACCCGAAUGGGAUGAUUACUCGGACACCGUGAAAGACUUGGUUUCCCGCUUCUUGGUGGUGAAUCCCCAGGGCCGUUGUUCAGCAGAAGAGGCCUUAGCACAUCCCUUCUUCCAGCAGUAUGUUGUGGAAGAAGUCCGUCACUUCAGCCCUCGGGGGAAGUUUAAGGUGAUCGCUCUGACAGUGCUGGCUUCAGUGCGGAUCUACUACCAGUACCAUAGGGUGAAGCCUGUGACCCGUGAGAUCGUCAUUCGUGACCCCUAUGCCCUCCGGCCUCUGCGCCGACUCAUUGAUGCCUAUGCUUUCCGAAUCUAUGGCCACUGGGUGAAGAAGGGGCAGCAGCAGAACCGGGCGGCCCUCUUUGAGAACACACCCAAGGCUGUGUUCCUCUCCCUGGUGGAGGAAGACUACUGAAGGGCUAGCAGGUGGGAUGGGGGAGCAGGAACAGUUAGGGAGGGGGAGCCACAGAAAUAUUAGCCAAGAGUGAGGUUGUGUGCUGGUCCAGGGGGGCCCAUUGUCCUGCUAGGAACCCUGAAACGGGGCCACUGUCCUUCUCAGACGCUCUGCAUAGGAAGAUCAGGGCACUCCCAUCACACAGUGGUAAGUGCAGUCGGGGCCAGGUCCAUAGAGGGGGCUAGGUGUGACCCCACUAUUGGGAGCCUUCCUGCUUUUCCCCUUCCCAGUUGUGCCACCAUCUCAGUUUGUCCUCAUGGAUGCCCAGAGUUACUGACACUUGUACGUACUUCCCGUAGGGUCUCAGGGUGAGGAUGACAGACAACAGUCAGAUAUACAAUCAGCAGAUUUUUCUGACGUCACUAUGUCCAGUGACGCCCAGGAGCAGGUUCC